GAGCUGCGUGCUUACGGUAGCGCAGACUUAGUUGGGGCAAAGAGGUAAAAUACUAGUACGGCUGUUUUUUUUCCCCCUCUAAAUUAUUGUAUUCAUAACACACGAUUUGACUUUACGAAAAUGUAAAUAUAUUAUAAAUUGAUUGAUAAUGAUCAAGUUGUGAUUUAGUAUCAAUAUCCACGCAUAGCAUUUAAUGGGAACCCUUACCCUACUAACAUGGCCGCCGCAUAGGCACGUUGGAUAACGUGGCUACUAAAGGGUCUGACACAUUUAGUCUCCGCUGCACAUCUGUAGUUUCCACUUUUGUUCGCAGGCUGCUAACGCCAGAGCCUAGGGGUUAACUUGAAGAAUGGGAACACCGGUGCCCGUGCUUCGCCUGCCCAGGGGACCUGACCCACACAGCCGUGGGUUCGACCCCAAAUCCCCUCGUUUCAUCGCUCUGUGCAACCCGUCCAUUAUUUCUUUCUCGUCGUCGCCACGCGCAUGCGCAGACCCUGAGAAACUGAGGCGGGAGCAGCACGUGCGCGCGCAGUUGCGGGAGCGCUUCCUCAGGUGCGUGCUCGCCGCGCGCGACAAGAGGGUGCGCUUCUGCAUGCACGGCGACGUGAGCGUGGACGCCACGUUCGGGGCCUGCGACAUCGACGUGCUCAACCUGCAGGUGUCCGACCUGCAAACUCCCAUCGGCGUGCAGAAGGAGGCCCUCAUCAGAUGUCAGGACGUCAUUUCAUACUCGUUUGAUUUGUGAAGACACCCCCCACCCCCGAAAGGAAGUUGUUUACAUCACGAUGAACUUCUUUUUGCGAGACGUUUGCGCUAUUUAGACACUUCAGCCAACAAGAAGCGCAACUUGCUUUGUGACACAAGAUGGCACCUUCUGCUCCCGUUUUUCUAAGAUACUCCCUUCUUGGUUCGUGUUCACGAUGAGUAAUUAAUUUAUGAAAUCAAUGAGAUUCCUGGACUGUUUCUGUGGGAGCGAGAGUCUGUCUGACAGACGUUUCUCAGAAGUAGCCGGCAGGGGGGGACUUUUCUGGAUAGUCAUGUGACAAAACCAAGGUUUUUUUUUUCAAAUGAAAGUGACACUUUUAUACUAAGUCCAUGUUAGAGAGACAGAAUAGCCAAAGAGUAAAAACACAAUAAUACAGUACUAAGUAGAGUGCGACAUCAGUCUUUGUACCUUUUAAAGGCACUGCUGAGGAUUUGGAAAGCUAUUAGUUUGUAUUCUCAUCAUCAUGUGAGACCGCCUCAUGUUUUUUUGUACUAUCUUCUCAAAUAAUAAAUUUAAUCAAAAAGCAAAUCCAUCCAUCCAAAGCCAUUUUGUUACCAUGUGAAACUUUCAUUUCCAUGUCAGAAAGAACGACGUGCAUGAGGGUGUUUGUAGUAGCAGAAUACUGUAUGUGGGUCAGGCAACUUAAAUUUUUGGAUUAUCAAACAACCAUAAAAAAGUUUAAUGGAAAUGAUAAUGUAUUUAUUUGUCUUGACAUAAGCUUUUAGUUUUGGUUUUUUCCCAAAUGAGACAAAUCUUGCGUUGGUGAACUUCUGGAGAGGUGUCGGAGCUUAAGAGAAAUAAAAAAAUGAGGAUUCCUGUUUUUUUUUUUAAACCUAUACAUGCUUAACUUCAGGUAUGUAGAAAGCAAACUGGAUUGAUUUGUUGUUCCUAUGCCUGAAAGACAAUCUACACUACAGUUGAAUAAUAAAAGUUUAUUCACUGCC